GUGGAGGAGAGGGAGAGAGCCAGCGGGGAGGAGGUGGAGAGGAAAGGAGGAGGAGGAGGAGGGGUGGCGAUAGGACAGAGGAGCAGACAUGGCUUCUAAGGAGAUCGCAGCCUCUGGUUUCGUGAGUGUGAGCAAGGAUAUGACAGAAAGCAUCAGGAAGAUUAUUGAUAAAUCAUCUGUGAAGUUUAUUCGCGGCAUUAAGCUCGACACCAAAAACGGCAAAACGGAGGACCGAAUCCUGGUCCUCACGACAUGGCGCCUUUAUUUCCUGGCACCCAAGAUCCCCGCUAAGGUAGAAACCACAUUCAACUUCUUGGAGAUCCGAGCGCUGAAUUCUCACCCUGACCACCAGGUCAUUAUCGACACCGACAAGUCCAGCUACUCCCUGAGGUUUGAGUCGCGGGAACACCUCAAUCAUGUGGUCAGCCAUAUUAAUUUCGCUCUGUCCCGAAUAUUCAACAACUCCAUUUUCGCCCCUUCCAUCUGUCAUUCAGACAGUGACCUUUCUGAGGGCAGCAGGAAGUAUUCACCCAGCUCAGAGACUUCAGUGGAAACCCAGAGGGCCUGCGGGGGGUUCUCAGAGACCUACGCCGCUCUGUGUGACUAUAAUGGCAUCAGCUGCAAGGAGGAAGUGCAGUGGGACGUGGACACCAUCUAUCACUCCCAGGACAACCGAGAGUUUAACCUGCUGGACUUCAGCCACCUGGAGAGCAGGGACCUGGCGGUGAUUGUCGCAUCAAUGGCGUACAACACGUGGUUCACUAAACUUUACUGCAAAGACCUGCGCAUUGGGUCAGAGGUCACGGAGCAGGUCCUGCACACGGUCAGCAAGUCCUCCAGCCUCGAGGAGAUCACUCUGGAGAACGCUGGCUUAAAAUCAGACUUCCCUCAGAAGAUGUCGGCUGCGCUUUCAGAUAACCCUGCUUCUGUCAUCCACUCGCUCAACUUAGCCCACAACUCACUGGACAACCAAGGUGUGUCCAACUUAAUCCAGCAGGUGUGUCGCCUCAGCAAGGGACUUCGUCUCCUUAACCUCUCCAAGACUUCACUCACCUCCAAAGGAGUGGUGUCUCUGUCUCAGGCUCUGUGCUCCAGCGAUGAGUACUCCAACUCCCUCCUGCACCUGGACCUGAGCAAGAACCCUGGGGUCCUCUCGGGAGAGGACGCCUCGAACUUGUACCUCUUCUUGUCUCAGCCCAACUGCCUGGUCCACUUAGAUCUGUCAGGCACAGACUGCUCUGUUGACUCACUAUUUGGGGCUCUGCUGAGGGGGUGUUGCGCUGAUCUCUCCUUUCUCAAUCUUUCCAAAAAUUCCUUCUCUCACAGGAAAGUGAAGGACACGCUGCCUUUGUUCCGUCAGUUCUUCAGCUCAGCCUUCAGCCUCACUCAUGUCAGCCUGUCCUCUAUGAAGCUGCCCUCUGACGUUCUGAGGGCUCUCCUGACAGGGCUAACCUCCAACCCUCAUAUCAAUGACCUUCAUCUGGACAUCAGCGGCUGUGAGCUAAGGUCGGCAGGAGCUGCUGUAAUCCAGGAACUCUUCCCCAGAGUCUCCUCCAUCGCUACUCUGGAUAUCUCUGACAACGGCCUCGAUGGAGAUUUGCUCACGGUACUGCCAGCCCUCUCCAGACACCCCUCCCUCAGACACCUUCAUCUGGGCAAGAACUUCAAUCUCAAAAACAGGUGCAGGGUUCUGGAUGAAGUCUUGCAGAAGCUUGUUCAACUCAUACAAGAGGAGGACUGUGUCCUGCAGUCUCUGUCCCUGUCCGACUCACGCCUGCGCUCUCGGGGCACCGUGCUCGUCAACGCCCUGGGCAGCAACACCUGCCUGAGAAAAGUGGAUCUGAGCGGGAACAACAUGGACGACAUUGGAGCCAAGAUGCUGAGCAAAGCGCUGCAGAUCAACACCACGCUCAGGAGUGUGACAUGGGAUCGCAACAACACCUCCGCGGCAGGGUUUCUCGACGUGGCCCGUGCGCUUGAACAUAAUUUCACCUUGCAGUACAUGCCUCUGCCCCUAAGUGAUAUCAGCCAGGCGUACCGCAGCGCCCCCGAGAGGACAGAGCAGGCACUGACCAAGAUCCAGCGUGCUCUGGUGAGGAACAACCAGACCCAGCGCUUCUCUCAGAGACAGGCUCUGCGGCUGCACCAGGGCCUGGUCACCAGCACUGCCGAACAGGUGAUGGAGCGCCUCUGCGUGCGCGUCCAGCAGCAGGUGUGCCUGUUACGAGGCAUCGGAGAGAUGGAGGAGAUUCAAGCUGCCAAACAAGUGCUAAAAGAGGCCAGGAACUCUCGCGCUCUCUACCCUUCACUGUGUGAGCUGGCUCAUGUGCUGUCGGUGGACGGUCCGGUGCGGCAGAGGCUGGACUCUCUGGCUGGUGAACUUGCCAAAGCUGCAGACAAGGAGCUGCAGGUGAUCGUCGACUCAAUGGUGUCUCUCUGUCGCGAGCUCUGUCCUUUAUCUUCCUCUGCAGCAGAGAGAUUAAGUCCGCCCCUCUCAUCCGUCUCUGAGCGCGUGUCCAUCCCUCGCUCCGCCAUCCGUACUGCGCUCAUGGAACGAGCGGCGCAGGACAUUCACAGAGCUUUGGAGGAAGUGAAGCUGUCAGUGGUUUCCUAUCUCACCAACUCCAUCGUGGACCAAAUCCUGCAGGAGCUCUACACCACCCAUAAAGCGCUGAGCUGCCAGGUGUCUCAUUUUAAAUGCUGGGAGGGGACGUGUGAAGACGGGACCGGUUGGAGGUUUAACAGACACAGAGACUCUCUGGACAUCACAGACGAAGAGCUCGGCACCAGCAUAGACACAAUAGCCAUUAAGAAGCGGAGCUCAAGAACAAGACGAAUACGACCUGUCUCCACCAGGCUGAGCCUGUGUGACGACUCCAGCUCCUCUCCGCCCCCAUCCGUGCCAUCGUACUCGUCGCCUCUGUCCCGCUCUGCAUCCUGGGAAGGUCUGUCAGAGCUGCCUACACAAGGUCUGCCUCUCCAUCAUGUGACACGCGUUCGGCCAAGGCCCCCACGAAGACACAAAGGAGGGCACAUCCCUGCUGAGACGCACUGCAGCGAAAAUGGAGGACUAAGCCCAUUGGAUGAUGGACUUCCAGAUUUCUACACAAAAAGAGUGCUCCCAGAUAGCCAGCUCUCAUCUCUGCACAAAGCGCACUCUCUGAGACGGAAGAAAAGGAGAAACAUGCUGGCUAUCUUCGGCUUCCGCAAGAAUCGCAACCAAACUCUGUCGGGGCCCGAGUCUGAAGCAGAGGUUUAUGGAGAUGGGUGUCACACUGUUGCUACAGCGCCCACAGGGACAGCAACGGAGAACGUCUACACGCUUCUCCAGCCUCCGAGGUCUGCUAACAGAGCCGGAUCUCCCAGCGAGGGGGCUGACGGAAAAGUGAACGACCACCAGGGGAAAAAUACUCUUGUUUUGAGUCCUCCGCCAGUGCCGGGCAUCCCUCAUCCAGGCGUGGGUGGAAGCAAACACCCCUUUUAUUCUACCAGAGAGAAAGCUGAAGGAGACGCUGUGUUUGAACAGCCGGCGGAGACGAACAAGUACUGGGUGGACGACAAACAGAGGGCAACGGAGGUGCUGCAGGCGGACAAGCCGUGGAUGGAAGGGAUGCAGGGCGAUCAACACGCGGAGAGGCAACGGUUUGACGACAGGCUGCAAGAAAGAACUUUUGGAGAGCCGAGAACGGCCGACAGACAGACAGACAGAUACUGGACUGAGAGCAGGCAUCCGGACAGGCACAUGGACAGACAGUGGACGGUUGACAGACACACCCAGCGACAGAUUGACAGAAAAAUAGAAAGACAAUGGAUGGGUGGCAGACAGAUAGACAGGUCGUGGUCGGAGAACAGGACGACGGAUAUGCAGGCGGACAACCAGUGGGCUGACGGCAGACAUACGGGAAGAAAGACGGACAGACAAGUCCAGGCGCUUCAUUUGGCUCAAAGGCCGCUGCCUCCAUACCCAUCGGACAAGACGCCAUCGCCAAAACAGGAGAGUGAUCCUCUGAAGAGCACAGAGGCAGCAGCCAUAGAGUGGCAUCAGCAAGACACGCAGGGAGAUCCAGGUGGAGGUUUCACAGAUGGGUGGAGGAGCAGUGGAGGAGGAGGCAUCGCUGCCGGUCGAGGAGCAUCUAAACCCGAUCCCCCGCCACAGAGCAGUAAACCCAGCCUGUCCAAGUUGAAGCAGAGACAUCGACUCGAGAGCUCGGACGCUCUGCCAGAGGAGGAUGGGGAUACAGAAAAGGAUCCUGUAAAGAUGGAAAGGAAAGAUAGAAGACGGGAUUCUGAGGGUCACCCUCCUCCGAUUCCUGAAAAGCCAAAGACCUCCUCAUACGUGAGUUUUUCAAAAGAAUCAGCCAAUGAGAGGAACCUGCCUCCUCCUCCUGUGCCACCUCCUGUUAACAAGCCAAUACAUGGGUUACCAGACAGAGCUGCAAGCCAAGGUGAAGAAGGACUGAGACCUCAGGCGCCAGUGAAACCACUGAGGAACAGGAAGGCGGUGUCGUGUGACGCAGGCCCUGACAGGGAAAGUCCUAGUAACGUUGAGAAGCCCCCAAAUCGCAAACCCCCUGUGAAAAAACCUAGACUACCCCAAAACAGAAAUAAGUCACUGGACCUGUCUGACAGCGUCAACUCGGCAUCUGGUCACAGCGAGCUGUUGUGAUACCCGAGACCCUCACCUGCCACUGUCCGGCUGGCGUCGCCAUGACAACCACGGAUCAUUUCAUCCGACGAGGAAAAACGAAGAGAGAGAGAGAGAGAGAGAGACAGGCCAGACAUCACAAAGCAUCAGUCACUCGCUUCUGUUGAAACACUCACUCUCCUCCCUCUCCGCCCCGAGUUUCUUGUCUUUGCUUUCCUCACACUGCUCGACUCUGUCUGUGGCUACGGUGUUUUUAAAAGUAUUUGCCUCUUUUAGAAAACCCAGAUGAUCAUUGUCGUGUCGCUGGCCGGUGAGUCGAGUGCUAGAGCGUCGUGGCUUUGCUAGGCAGAAGAAGUAAUGUCUUUAUUAGAAUGUGAUUUCUUAAAUCCGCAAUGCAUUUUUGACUGCUGACACAGUUGACUGCCUUGGUUGACUCUUGAUAAUGAGUUGCUUCUUAUCAAAUGAAACUUGAUGAUUUAUAUCUAGUUUUGCUUUCAGGAACUGAAAGGUAAUAUAUUUUAUAGAAAAAAUAAUAUUAUGUAUGAGCACCCUCACUGUAUGAAUAAAACACAACUGAAAACAUGUUUCUGGUAUCUGGCUUCAUGUUAAGUGGUUCACAUGUAUAUAAAUCC